GUGAAGUUGUGCGAAUAAAAUCUCUACCUUUUCAUUACGCACUCUAUUAUAAAUAGCUAGCAGAGCCGGAGAGUAAAAGAAAAGUUGUAUCAUUUGAGUGAAGAGAGAAAAUUAAAGCUAGGAAAAGAAGAGUUCAGAUUGGUAUAAACGUAAGGAAGAGGCCGGUGCAGUGAGGAUAUGGCAGCUCAUGCAAAAAGCAGUAGCCCUUUUAACAAAUUGGCAGGUUUGUUGAGUAUGUUGUUUUGUUGAUGACUAACCAUGUAGGUGGAACGGCGGACAGAACUGCUCUCAGUUCUAUUAGGAACGGAAAUUAGAACUAUACUUAGUUCUGAUCUAUGUGACUGAUUGUUGUGCAUAAUGAAUAAAUUAAUUGAUAUGUGCCUGCAUGAUAAUACCUUAUUUACGUGCCUAGAUUGAUCAUGCAUAUUCUUAAUGUAUGUGGCACAAUUUAAAUAUCUUUCCAUGCAUGACUAAGCACUCACCUUAAUGAGUUGGCCUAUAUAGCUUUAUAGCUUAUGGAAAGAAUCAUUGCUUAUGCUACAUAAAUAUCCUGCAUCAAUUGACCGUAACAUAUUUGGAUCCACUAAGUAAAUAUUUCCUUAUCACUUAAUGUUGAAAAGUCAUUAUUAGUUAAAGUAUUAAAUGAAUAUUUUUGGAAAGUAUCUUGGCUUGCAUGAUCUGUAGCACCUUAUUUGAAUAUCUUACUUAUAUGAUCGUUGCAUAUUCAAAUUUGUUAAGAGAACUAAUCAUUGAUUGCAUAAAUAUUUUAUUGCUACAUAAUGUCCGUUGCAUGCUUAUAUUAAGAGAAUAAAGUAUUUCCCUUUAUAUGUGAUGUGGAAUUGUCAUUGAAUAUUUAAAUACGUAAUAUACUCCAUAUCUUUUUUGUUAUUGAGUGAUUUACUCAUAGUAUGCACGUAUCCACUUGCUUCCAUAUAUAUAUGGUUGACCGAGGAUCACCAUAUUUGUGAGCCGGAAGAUCUUUGAAUAAAAGGAAAGGAGAGGCUACGGAUGCUAUAUAUAUUGGACUGAAGACCAGACGAAAGGGUGUGCUUGACCGAGCUUCUAUUAAGAAAUAUACACGAGAAUAUUUACUAAGUCCAAGGCACCUGAACCUGCUCACGGAGUUCCAGACAGAGUUUCUUUUUCCCUUCUUCAUAUUGUAAUUGGGUUUUUGAGGAUUGACUAAGUGUAGCAUCCUCGGGUUGAUUAGUGUGUUGUGAGAGCUUUGUUGUAAAGCUGAGAGACUCUCUACCCACAAGGUAGAGAAGCAUAACUCUUCCUAGAGAGGAUAGAGUUGGGGUGGCUCAAGGGUAGACUAGGAGAGUUUCCCUUGUAAUCAUUCAAAGGCUUUUUAGUGAAGUUGUUCAAAUUCCUCCGAGGGAGGUCGAGGUUUUUUAAUCCCUUUGAGCCAAGGGAUUUUUCCUCGUUAAAUCCUUGUGCACUUUAUUAUUUCGUAUUUCCCUGGACCCCACACUAGAACUGUGCGAAAAACUGCCACGGUUCCACACACACACAAUUCACCCCCCCCCCCCCCCCCCCCUCUUGUGUUGCUAACCGUUUCAUCAAUUGGUAUCAGAGCCGGUCUUCACCACAGAAAGGUUAAAACCUUGGGAAGAGAUCCGACAGCAUGAAUACGGUUGAACGAUUGGAGGAUGGAUACUCGACUCAACGACCACCGUUGUUCAACGGCAAAUUUUAUCAAUUCUGGAAGAGUCGAAUGGAGAACUUCAUCAAGGCUGAGAACUACCAGGUAUGGAACGUAAUUGAGGUAGGCGAUAACAUCAUUACUAAGGAAGAUGCCGAAGGUAAGGUUAUCCCUAAACCCAAAUCUGAAUACACCUCUGAUGAUUAUUGUAAACUCGAGCAUAAUGCUCAAGCAUUGAAAUAUUUGAUUUGUGGACUUGGUCCAGCUGAGCACAACCGUGUUCUUGGAUGCAAAUCCGCAAAACAAAUGUGGGAUUUACUUGAGAUUACGCAUGAGGGUACCUCGCGUGUAAAAAGAUCCAAAAUUGACAUAUUUAUGCGUAAUUACGAAUUAUUCGUGAUGAAGCCUAAAGAAUCAAUUAGGGAUAUGAUUACACGUUUUACUAAUAUUAUUAAUGAGCUCUCAGCACUUGGAAAAGACAUUACUGUAGAAGAUCAGGUGAGAAAAGUUAUGAGAAGCUUGCCAUCCGCAUGGAAGCCUAAAACUACAGCAAUAGAAGAAGCUAAAGAUCUCUCUACCAUGACGCUAGAAGACUUGACCGGUUCACUCAUGACAUAUGAGCUAGGCCUACAAGAAGAACAAGAUGCAGAAAAUGUGAGAAAAGAGCGAGGAAUAGCUCUCAAGGCUCGAGAAGAAGAAGAAGAAUCCGGAAGUGAAUCGGAAGAUGAAAUGAGCAUGUUCGCCAACCAAUUCAGAAAGAUGUACCGAAAAUUCAAAGGCAACCGAAAUAAACAAGGUAAAAAGGGCUUCCAAUCUUUUAAUAACCAAGGUUGUUUCAUUUGUGGUUCCUUUGAGCACAGGGCAAAAGAUUGUCCUCAAAAGAAAAAUGAUAGAGCCUACGACAAACACAAGACCAGUUCCCAUCGGAGGUCUAGUGAAGAUAAAAGGUUCAACAGAGACCUCAAAAAGGCAAUGAUGGCAGCCUGGGGAGACUCAUCCGAUGAUGAAGAAGAAGAAGGAAAAGG